CCACUUCCAUUUCUCCAAGUCCGAAGCACGAUUCAGGGAACCGCCGUCGGCGUCUCGCACUGCGUUUCCUACACUUUCUCAUUAACCAAACACCCACAUCCAAACUUCUUUUGCAGAAGCAGAAAACGAAAUAGGUUAUUCUCGCAUACCAUGAGUUACAGAAGGGACAUCCGCAAUUCAAGGUCAGCUAUAUUCGAUGAUGGCCUUGAAGAAGGCGGCCUUAGGGCCUCUUCUUCAUAUUCCCAUAGUAUUAAUGAGCACGACAAUGACAAAGCUAUUGACAGUUUGCAAGACAGAGUAAUUUUCUUGAAGAGAUUAACAGGGGACAUACAUGAGGAAGUGGAGAGUCAUAAUCGUUUGCUUGAUCGAAUGGGCAACAAAAUGGACAUAUCAAGGGGUAUAAUGUCAGGAACCAUGGAUCGAUUCAAGAUGGUAUUCGAGAAGAAAUCAGGUCGGAGAACAUGCAUACUUGCUGGGGUUUUUGUUGUUUCCUUUCUAAUUAUAUAUUACCUUAUUAGGAUCUUUUGGUAAGUGCAAGUAUAGACUUGUGGAACCUCUUUUAUUAAUCUUCCCAUACACGACUUGCCUUGAUCCUGGCGUUGAGAAUAGAAGAAAGUUUGCUUCGUAGCAUAUAUGCUGCGGGAUGAGCUCUGAGUGAAGGUGGACUGGACCCUUACAUGGGCAAAUUUUAGCAGUAAACGUGGUUGGGUGACACGUGAUGUAAGCAAUUGUGGAUUUGUUGAAAAAUACCAUAUUGAAAAUCCUAUGUAAAGGAGGCCAUUGGGGUCUGUAAUCAAGUCUUUAUGAUGUCAGAAUUCUGAUAUUUAGUUACACUUUAUGCCUA